AUGGAACCUCUCUUCCUAUCUUCAGGACUCGAACUCUUAAAGCUUUCUCUGAAGCGCGGCGUCGUGACAUGCGACUCAUAUAUGAUUCGUCUAACGGAUGCUCAAGAGUUACGAGAGACCUCACCGUAUCUAGUUGCCAAAUUCUACUCAAAGUACCAUAUUUUCAUGAUCGGUCCUUCCUUCGCCCCUAUAUUUCGGAAAGCAGUGCAGCAAAGUUACUUGAGGUCACCUGCUAUUUUGGAAGGCAUCUACAUGGCCAUGUUUACCGCAGUCGACCGUUCUAGGACUGGAAACGACACUCUUCAUCCAGAUUUCGCUCAGGGGGCCGUAUCCCUCCAACAGCUUCGAACCACCAAAAUCAUGGGAACCACUGAUGCACUUGCCAUUUUAGCACUCGGACAAAGUCUGGCAGCCUUCGACCUUCUCACUAAGUGUGUCGACACCUCUCUGAUCCUGAGAUAUUCUCUAUCCUCGAUCCAGCCGUGGUAUCAAGAACUUUCGAAGCACCAAUUCAUCGACCUGUUUGCUGUUGCCUCCAUUUUCUGGGAUACAUCGUGGUCUUUGCUGCGACGUGAGUAUCCUGUCAUCAAAUUUUGUCCUCCAAAACUUCCAAUUGUCGACCGCUUAGCAGGAUUGUGUACGACUCUUUUGCCAAUAUUGUAUGAUUUGUGUGUUAUUGGUCACAAAAUAAAACACAAGAAAUACGCUGAACGACAAAGUUUCAUCGUGGCCAUCGAACGAAUUAAACAACGCAUUCUUGCAUGGACGGCGACUGAGCCUGAUGACCUCGCCAAGAGCUUUUCAAAGGAGGAAAUCUUGGGUAUGAAAACACAAGUCCUGAUGUACCAGAAUGUGGCGCUUUUGAUAGCACAUCGCAUGUUGAACCCGAUUGGUACACAGGAUGACACGGCGUGGGAAUACGCAAAUAGCAUUACUCUCGAGUUCUUGACCUAUCAGGCACUUGCUGGAAAUGUUGUGCAACUGCAGCAAGUUGGGUUCCCGAUCCUCAUUGCCGCACUGGAGCUCGCAGAAUUUCCAGAUGAGAUAUGGGAUUCUAUACCCUUAUUCAAUGCAGCACCACAGGCUCUUAUCAAACUCAAAACUGCCAUCGACUAUGUGUGGACGAAAAGACGGCAUGGCUACAAUGGUUACAUGCUUGAUUUGGUUGACGGAGGCCCGGACUUUGUUGUUAUACCGUGA